CUUCAACAACCCUACGCAUAUUCCUGGCCUUAUUGGAUCAAUGGUUGGGUUUUUGGGCCUUCGCCGACUUCACCUUCAUCCUCUUUAUUCAUAACAGCUCUCUAUUGUUGACUGCUCGUCACUCAUUUAUAAUCGCGCUCGAGCAGUCGCCGAGGGAAGGCCUCGCUGGAUUACACCUGCAGCCUUGCUUGCGUCACGAACCGAGCACUUGACUUUACGCUCAUUGGGUUCUUGAUGCCCAGAUAUCAUUCAUCUACAAUCUUCAAUACACCCUUCUUCCAAGGGACUUCGAAAAUGCCUCCCCUGCGCCGUAUGAAAAUCCCCGCCAUCGUUGCGUUUAUUUUAAUAGCCGCGAUUCUCUUCUGGUCAUCCUCCAUUCGCCAACAAAGCGCCCAGGGCUCUCAGAGUGUGGGUGACUUUUACGACAAAACCGUCAGCGCAUUAGAUAAAGAGCCAGACGUUCCCCCGUCGGGUAAAACAGAGGAUGACGAGGAGGUUACCAGAGCAAUGGCGGAGAGGUUGAAGAAGGCGGCGCAAGUUGCAAAGGAUAAUGCAAAUGCGAAAGCACCGAAACCAGAUCCUCCUUCCAGCCUUGUGGGCGUAGGAAGCGCAGCGGAGGGUGGCCGGAGUGUUGCCGGACGGAAGAAGUUUCCAGCUGCUGAUUCACAAGAGCCCAUAAAGGAGAGCCAGGAGGACCAUGAUGCUGAGGUUGAGCUUAACAACAUCCUCAAGAAAUCCCCAAUAAUUAUAUUCUCGAAAUCAUACUGCCCCUACUCUCGACGUGCCAAAGGAAUUCUGCUUGAGAAAUACAUCAUCGACCCCACACCUUUCGUUGUAGAACUCGACCAGCAUCCGCUCGGCGCCAAGUUACAAGCUCGGCUUGCGGAGCUUACGACGAGAAAAACGGUUCCGAACAUCCUUAUAAAUGGCGUAAGCAUUGGCGGUGGCGACGAUGUUGCGGAACUGGACACCCAGAAAACUCUGAUUGAUAAGGUAAAGGAUUUGGGAGGGAAGAAGAUAACUGAUGUGAGGCUACGGCCUAUUGAAGACGACGAUCAUGGCUUAAAGUAAGGCGGACAAGGAUCACCUGAUGCGGACCAGGUUGUAUAGUACCUAGGAGAAAAUCCGGCGACUGGGGACCCGAGGUGGUUGGAGGUUCAUUCGUUUGGCGUUCAGGGGAUGGGAUGGCAUCCAUAAGCGCCACGGCGGCGUUACUGCGUUACUUUCCGGUUCGUGAUUCCCAGAAUGGGAAUCAUGAGCGCUAUAAUGGUACCUUUGAGUGCCU